AUGUGGUUUGUUUCAUACUUGUAUCUGAGCAUGGCCUGGAGCUCCUCAGCCUCCCUCUCCCUCUCUGCACCCCCAGCUCCAGGCCUGCUCCCUGGCCCCAGCUCCUGCCGGCUCCAGGGGCACUUCCAGCUGAAUGGGAUGCAUCAGGAUGGAGACCUGAUUGUGGGGGGCCUGUUCGAGGUCCACUUCCUCACCGUGUUCCCAGAGCUGAGCUUCACCAGCGAACCGGAGCAGCCCUACUGUCAACAGUUUGACAUGGCAAGCUUCCAGCAGGCACAGACAAUGGCGUUUGCUAUUGAUGAGAUCAACAGAAAUCCUCACCUGUUGCCCAAUGUUACCCUGGGCUACCAUCUGUAUGAUAACUGCGUGAAGCUGGCUGUGGCAUUCCGAGCAGCCACAGCCCUAAUUAGUGGGACUGAUGAGGCCCUCUCAACCCUGGACUGCACUGGCUCCCCCCCGGUGAUUGGAAUAGUGGGGGACCCGGGAUCCACCCACUCUAUUGCCAUCUCUAGUGUGCUGGGGCUGUUUCGAGUGCCCAUGGUGAGCUACUUCGCCACCUGCUCCUGCCUCAGCAACCAGCAACAGUACCCCUCCUUCUUCAGGACCAUUCCCAGCGACGUCUUCCAGGUCCGCGCCAUUGUGCAGAUCUUAAAGCGCUUCAGCUGGACCUGGGUAGGCCUGAUCUACAGUGACGAUGACUAUGGUAUCCAUGCUGCCCUCGCCUUCCACCAGGACCUGCAGGGGCAGUUUGGUGGCUGUGUGGCUUACUCCGAGAUCUUGCCACGAGACAACAAUUGCAGGGAUGUGGCCCGCAUUGUCGGAGUGAUCAGAGCUUCCACAGCCAUGGUGGUGGUGGUGAUCUCCACUGAGGCUUACCUGUUGCCGUUGAUGGACGAAGUGGCCCAGAGGAAUGUAACUGGCAGGCAGUGGAUUGCCAGUGAGGCCUGGGCCACCUCUCCUAUCUUCCUCACCCCGCAUCUGCUGCCCUUCCUCGGGGGCACGCUUGGGCUUGCAAUCCGCCGUGGGGAGAUCCAGGGGCUCCGGGACUUCCUGCUGAACAUCCGCCCUGACAGAGACCCUAAAAACAACAUAGUGAGGACCUUCUGGGAGGAGAUGUUUGAGUGCACAUUUGAUUCUGGAAGCACACAACCCAAUGGAGAAAGGGAGAGAAAGGUGUGCACAGGGGCAGAAGAUCUGCGUAGCAUGGACACAGCGUACACUGACAUGUCUGAACUCAGGGCUUCGUACAAUGUGUAUAAGGCUGUUUAUGCUCUUGCGCACGCACUUCAUGACCUGAUGCAGUGUGAGGAGGGAAAAGGACCCUUCAUAAGCCACAGCUGUGCCAGCAUACACUCUCUGCAGCCUUGGCAGGUCGUCCAUUACCUGCAGAAUGUGAACUUCACCACUGGCUUUGGUGACCACGUGUCUUUUGACAAGAACGGUGAUGCCCUGGCUAUCUAUGAUGUCAUGAACUGGCAGCCAAACCCAGAUGGAUCGAUCAGAGUUCAUACAGUGGGUGUUGUGUAUGAGACCGCCCAAGCAGGGGAUGUCCUUACAGGGGAUGUCCUUACACUAGAGGAGGGCGCCCUCUACUGGAACUUCAAGUCAAAGAAACCGCCCCGGUCUGUGUGCAGUGAAAGCUGCCCUCCAGGCACCAGGAGGGCCAGACGGAAAGGUCUGCCCAUCUGUUGCUUUGACUGUCUUCCCUGUGCAGAUGGAGAGUUUAACAAUGUAACAGAUUCUAUUGAAUGUACCACGUGUCCCGAGGAGUUCUGGUCCAGCCCAGAUAAGGACCGCUGUGUCCCUAAAGAACUUGAGUUUCUGUCUUAUGAGGAGCCGUUAGGCAUCUCCCUGACAGUGGCCUCCCUGUUGGGCUCCUGCUUUUGCACCGGGGUUCUGGGUGUGUUCGCACAUUACCGCCACACCCCCGUGGUCCGUGCCAACAACUCAGAGCUGAGUUUCCUGCUGCUGCUGUCACUCAAACUGUGCUUCCUAUGCACGCUGCUGUUCAUUGGCCAGCCACAGCAGUGGACAUGCCGACUGAGGCACGCGGCAUUUGGCAUCAGCUUUGUACUGAGCGUUUCCAGUAUCCUGGUCAAGACCAUGGUGGUCGUGGCUGUCUUUAAGUCCUCUCGGCCAGAAGGCCAAAGUGCCUUGAAGUGGUUUGGUGUACCCCAACAGAGAGGCACAGUGCUUGCCCUCACAGCCCUCCAGAUAGCCAUAUGUGUAGUGUGGCUGGCUAUGGCAUCCCCCACACCCCUUAAAAACACUCAUUACAUCAGCUCUAAGAUAGUGUAUGAGUGUGCCAUGGGAUCUGUGCUGGGCUUUGCCACUCUGUUGGGCUACAUUGGCCUCCUGGCUGCCGUGAGCUUCCUGCUGGCCUUCUUGGCGAGGAACCUUCCAGAUAACUUUAACGAGGCCAAAUUUAUCACCUUCAGUAUGCUGAUCUUCUGCGCAGUGUGGAUCACUUUUGUGCCAGCAUACAUCAGCUCUCCGGGGAAGUAUUCAGUGGCUGUAGAGGUCUUUGCCAUCUUGGCCUCUAGUUUUGGUCUACUGCUGGCCAUUUUUGCCCCAAAGUGCUAUAUCAUCCUCCUGCACCCUGAGAGGAACACUAAAAAAGCAAUUAUGGGUCGAGCAAGAGAAAAGAAAUAG